AUGUGCUUUUUGCCACUACCACAGGAGGUUUUGGGGGGGGGGGGGGGGGGGGGGGGGGGGUGGGGGGGGGGGGGGGGGGGGGGGGUGCAGGGGGGUGGCGGGUGGGGGGGGGGGGGGGGGGGGGGGGGGGGGGGGGGGGGGGGGGGGGGGUGGUGUGACAUGCUGGCAGAGCCUGUGAACACGCAGGCCAAUCCGCUCCAUGUCUAUUCAACGUCCAAUUGUGCAUUAAUGUGCCCCCGGUUUUUAUACACGAGGACGCUGCAACAGUAA